AUGCUGCUGUUUCUAGCCGUGGCCGUCCUCACCAGUACCCCCUGCAGAGCCCAGGAGGUGAAUGGGCCAGGCGGUGGCUCCUACUUCUACAUCAAAGGUGAAGAGCAGGGGGAGAUCCAGGGCAUCCGGGUCUUCGUGGGGGUCCUGGGCCUCAUCAAAGGCAUCCAGCUGCGGUUCGGCUCGCACUGGAGCCCGCGCUACGGCGCGCCCGGCGGCCGCGCGGAGGAGUUCCUGCUGCAGGAGGGCGAGCGCGUGACCGCGGUGCACGGCAGCGCGCGCGCCUGCGUGUGGCACCUGCGCUGGAUCACCAGCAGGGGGCGCGAGGCCGCCUUCGGGCACCCGGCGGGCCUGGCGUUCAGCGCACGCUCCGACCCGCGCCAGCAGCUCCUGACGGUCAACGGCCAGCACCAGCUCUUCUGCCUCUCGGCGAUCGGCUUCAAGUGGGGGUCCGCCCCAGCGAGGAAGUCCACCCCGGCGCCCAUCCCGGCGCCCACCCCGGCGUCCACCCCGGCGCCCAUCCCGGCGCCCACCCCGGCGUCCACCCCGGCGCCCAUCCCGCCGUCCAUCCAGGAGCCCAUCCCGCCGUCCAUCCCGCCGUCCAUCCCGCCGUCCAUCCCGCCGUCCGCCCCGGCGCCCGCUGUAGUGCCGACGACCCGCCCACGGCCUGUCCAGGGCUGGGUUGGUGCAGCGCCGGCUGCGAGCUCCGGAGCGGGUCCAGCGUCCUCGCCCAGCGCGCCCUCCUGGCUGCAAAGUGCGCUCGCCUUGCAGGGCUGGUAG